AUGGAAGCCACUGAGCACAGCAAUGGCCCUUCUGCCGCACCCUUGAGACCUACAGAAGCCCACUUUUCGUCGCCUCCCGAUAUCGAUUCCGAAGACAACGAUCAUACCCCCACAGAACCUGUCCAUGAAUCUGCAAUGGCACCACCCCAGACGGUGCAACAUGCAAAGUCCAAUCCAGCCCAAUUCGCAAAGGUCGAUGCCGAUACUCGCCCCACCGGUCGAAUCGGACAAUCUGCAAGGCACGCAAGCCACGCAACCAGAAGGUUCAGCGGAAGCACAGCUGCCAGUACCGCUGCAAGCUCUAUUAGUGAAGUGGAGACUGGCGCUCUAAAACCAUGGAGGAUCGGAGUUUGUGCUUUGGAUGUGAAGGCACGCAGCAAACCGAGCCAAAAUAUUUUGACUCGGCUCCAAUCGAAGGGUGAUUUCGAAGUGAUAGUCUUUGGAGACAAGGUCAUUCUUGAUGAAGCAGUGGAGAAUUGGCCCGUCUGUGACUUUUUGAUCGCUUUCUUUUCCGAUGGAUUCCCCUUGGAUAAAGCCAUCGCGUACGCUAAGCUACGAAAGCCACUCUGCGUCAACGACCUGCCUAUGCAAAAGGUUCUAUGGGAUCGCCGACUCUGCUUGAAAAUUCUAGAUCAUAUGGGCGUCCCCACCCCGAAGCGACUGGAAGUGAACCGUGAUGGUGGUCCGGUUCUAGAAUCCCCAGAACUAGGCCAACAUAUCUAUCGGCUGACUGGUGUGAAGCUUGAAGGCCCAAGUAAUGGAGUGGGUGGUGGGGCUCCUCGAACGCAAAGUGUCUCAAUGUCUGAAGACGGUGAGGCCUUGAUCGUUGAUGGCAAAGUCUUCAGAAAGCCCUUUGUUGAGAAACCUGUUAACGGCGAGGACCAUAACAUUCACAUCUACUUCCCCAACGAUCAGCAGUACGGCGGCGGUGGAAGAAGGCUAUUUCGAAAAGUCGGCAACAAGAGCUCGGAAUAUGACCCUAAGCUCACUGUUCCAAGAUCCAUUACCGAAAGUGAUACAAGUUACCUUUACGAACAAUUCCUCAGGGUCGACAAUGCUGAAGAUGUCAAAGCUUACACCGUUGGGCCAGACUUCUGCCACGCAGAGACGCGCAAAUCCCCCGUGGUUGACGGUCUUGUCCGGCGCAAUACUCACGGGAAAGAAAUACGAUACAUCACGAAACUUGGCAAGGAGGAAGCGAUCAUCGCAUCAAAGAUCUCAAAUGGAUUCGGCCAAAGAAUCUGUGGAUUUGACAUGCUUCGUGUCGGUGAUAAAAGCUAUGUUAUCGACGUCAACGGCUGGAGCUUCGUUAAGGACAACAAUGAUUACUACGACAAGUGUGCCAACAUUCUUAGAGAUAUCUUUUUGGCGGAGACGCGCAAAUGCGAAGCUGCCUCGGAACCAUCCGCACCGCCAUCGCCAGAGGGUCCAUCUAGAAGGAACACAGUGGGAUCUCAUCGGCAGGCCUUUAAGGAACUGUUGAAGUCCCCUAGUGCUUCCAGGCUUCACAACCAAAGCCAAAAGUCCACUGAUAUUUCAGAGGCAGCCACUCCGUCAAUGGUGUCAUCCGGUGUAGAGAGCGCUGAUGUUGGCGCUGCUCUUAGCAAGUUGAAUUCUCGGGAAGGCCACUCCACCCCUCGUGGAUAUAGUCCAUCGAACUCGAAGUCCCCGGCCCUUUCACUCCAGCACGCCAAUGAGGAAGCCCUGCCGCCCCUUCCUGCUUCCAAGCACUCUUGGAAGCUCAAAGGAAUGGUGGCAGUGAUCCGACACGCAGAUCGAACUCCGAAGCAGAAGUUCAAAUUCACCUUCCACUCUCAGCCCUUUGUGAACCUAUUGAAGGGUCAUCAAGAGGAGAUAGUGAUCAAGGGGGAGGCUGCGUUGGCCAGUGUGUCUGAUGCCGUCAAGGUGGCUAUGGAGAACGAGCUCGAAGACAUGGACAAGCUCAAGUUGCUGCGUACAUCUCUAGAGAAGAAGGGCGGUUGGCCUGGGACCAAAGUGCAGAUCAAGCCUAUGUUCCGGAAACGAACUCCCGAGGAAAUGGGAGAACGGGCCCCAACGGCAACUUUAUCUUCAGUGCCUGAGGGCACGCUCAAUGAAGAGCCGCUUCCGCCUUUGCCAAGUGACGGCCAGACAACGGAGAACGAAGAUCUACGCAGACUACUGUCACGAAGUGAUUCCAUUUCAGAUGCAACCUUUUCUCGGUUCUCUGCCGCUGAGAAUGACCUGAUCCUCGAUAAACUACAGCUUGUGAUCAAGUGGGGUGGCGAGCCCACACAUGCCGCACGUUAUCAAUCCCAGGAUCUCGGACUUAACAUGCGAGAUGAUCUCAAACUGAUGAAUAAGGAGGCUUUGAAUAACGUCCGUCUAUUUACUAGUUCAGAACGUAGAGUGAGCACCAGUGCACAAAUCUGGGCUUGCUCAUUCUUGGAUCAGAAAGAUUUGCCCGAAGACUUGAUACAAGUCCGGAAAGAUUUGCUGGACGAUUCAAAUGCCGCCAAGGACGUCAUGGACAAAGUCAAGAAGAAGCUCAAAUUGCUUUUGCGAGAAGGGUCAGCGCCUUCACAAUUUGCUUGGCCCAAGGACAGCAAUAUACCAGAGCCUUCUGUUGUCCUUGCUACAGUAGUUGAGCUCAUGAAGUUCCAUCGGAGCGUCAUGCGACACAACUUUGAGCAACUCAAUUGCUCCGAUCACAUCCCACCGACUUCCAAUGACCCUGAAACCCAGAGCCAGCCAGCUGCUACGGACCGGCUGGAUCACCCCGAUAUAUCAGACAUACAGGGCCGCUGGUGCGCGGGUGAAGAUCCUCGACUCUUCAAGGAACGAUGGGAGAAACUCUUUGCAGAGUUCUGUGAUACGGAGAAGGUUGACCCGAGCAAGCUCUCCGAACUUUAUGAUAGUAUGAAAUUCGAUGCACUCCACAACAGGCAGUUCUUGGAGUGGGUUUUCAUGCCACCGGACAGUACCGAUGAUGAGGAAGAGGUUCCAGGACGCAAGAGCACUGUGGACGGAAACCUUGAACAGGAAGUCGGAAGCGACAAACUUGAAGAGCGUGCUGAGAGCCAAACUUUUGCUCAUCGCUUCGGGUUGAGAAAACGGCUUCAUGCGCUCGAGGCGCUACCACAUCUUCGAGCACUCGAUGAUUCAUACGAUCAUUACUUCAAGCUUUUCCCCGGCGCUAAAUCCUCCAAGUCCAAGAUGGACGAGCGGCUUUCGAAGCUUCGGGAACUGUACAAGCUGGCCAAGGUUUUGUUUGACUAUGUGACGCCUCAGGAAUACGGCAUCACCGACAGCGAGAAACUGGAAAUUGGUCUGUUGACCUCUCUGCCCCUUCUUCAAGAAAUUGUUCGUGAUUUAGAAGAGGUGCAGGCUUCACAGGAUGCCAAAUCCUUCUUCUAUUUCACCAAGGAAUCCCACAUCUACACGCUCUUGAACUGCAUCUUGGAAGGUGGAAUUCAAACCAAGAUAGCCAGGAGUGCCAUCCCUGAACUCGACUAUCUCUCUCAGAUUUGCUUUGAACUAUAUGAGGCUCGGGACAGCGAAUCCGACUCCUACUCAUACUCCAUCCGCAUCUCGGUCAGCCCCGGAUGUCACGCCUUUGACCCGCUUGACGUGCAACUCGAUUCCCGUCACGCCAUCGGCUGUGCCCCACGACGAAGCUUGACGGCUCACCAGGAUUGGAAGGAGGUCAUUGAGACCCUGAAAGCAAAAUUUGAUACAGUUAAACUACCCAAGACCUUCAUUGCGGUAAACCUAAGCGACAAGCAUACCUCUCAUGAUGAGAAAUCGCCAUCUGCAUCACGUGGCAUCUCCCCGACUCAAUAUUAA